GCUGCCUCCUCCCCCUCCCAUCUUCUCCCUCGCACCGCCCUCCUUUACUGCUGGGCCCGCCCCCUUUUGGAUCCAGCGCCCGCUAUGUUCGCUUCGGUUCGUCAGAUUGCCCGCCCAGCCCUCGGCCUGGCUGCCCUGGCCCGGGCCCCCGCCGCCGCCGCCGUCGUGGCGACCCCCCUGGGCGGUGCCACUGCCACCACCAUCGCUCGUGGCAUCUCUUUCACUCGCGCCAAGGCCCGCCGCCAGGACGCCAACCAGUAUGCCCGUAGCCGCGGCUUCGAUCUCGGCUCCUUCAACAUGCUGCAGUUCCUGAACCACGAGCAGAUGAACUCCACUCCGGAGAUGCGGCGCCGCACCGAGCUCCUGAAGGACUCCAACCCGAAGGGCCUCUCCGCUGGGGCCAUCGUCUCGGUGACCUACCGCAUCAGCAAGAAGAACGACGACCAGGCCAGCUUCACCACCCUGCUGGGGACGGUGCUGGCCGUGCGCCGCAAGCAGCUUGGCUCGAAUAUCCUCAUGCGCGUGGACAUGUCCGACACCUCGGGCAGUGGUGACAGCGAGAUCAUCGAGGUCACCGUGCCGGUGUUCUCGCCGCUCAUCACCAAGCUCGAGGUCAUGCGCCCGUACCGGGCCCGCCGGUCCAAGCUGUACUACCUGCGCGACCAGGAUGACGAGCGCUUCCCGCUGGAUGUGGUGCCGGUUCUGCGCACGUACCAGGAGCGCCAGGCGGCCAUCCAGCGCCGUGAGCAGCGUCUGGCCCAGGAGCGCGAGAUUGCCCAGGCGGCCGAGCUCAAGCGUGCUGCCGCGCGCCAGAGCCAGGUUACUCGUGUGGAGGAGACGAUGUCGGCUGAGGAUGCCGUCGCCGCCCCCGAGCAGGAGGAUAUCACUGACGCCGGCAAGAAGUAAGAAACACUCCCCCCCCCCUCCCCCCCUCCCCC